AUGCCAGCAGAAGUUGCACAAAAGUAUCCUGAAAAGCAAGCUCAGUCUGAUAUAGAGUCAGAAGAGGAUAUUGAUGCGCUAAUAGAUGAGUUGCAGUCGGACCAAGACGUAGAGAAGGAGGCCUAUGAAGAGGAAGGCACCUCUCAUGCACGAGGAUCUGCUAGACCCGUGCCUGAAGAGAUGCUUCAAACUGAUCCUUCACUUGGUUUGACAACGGAAGAAGCUACGAGAAGAAGAAAGAAAUUCGGUUUAAAUCAAAUGUCUGAAGAGCGUGAAUCCCUAAUGGUUAAAUUCUUACUGUACUUCGUUGGUCCAAUUCAAUUCGUUAUGGAAGCUGCUGCUAUCUUAGCUGCCGGUCUUUCCGAUUGGGUCGAUUUCGGUGUUAUCCUGGGUCUCCUAAUGCUGAAUGCAUGUGUUGGUUUCAUCCAAGAAUAUCAAGCUGGCUCGAUCGUUGCUGAACUGAAAAAAACUCUAGCAAACAUUGCUGUCGGUAUCAGAGACGGUCAAGUCAUAGAAAUUCCGGCAAAUGAAGUAGUUCCAGGCGAUAUAUUACAACUUGAAGAUGGUAGUAUCAUUCCUGCAGAUGGUCGUUUGAUUACGGAGGAAUGUUUUUUACAGGUAGAUCAAUCUGCUAUUACCGGUGAAUCCCUAGCCGUCGAGAAACAUUACGGUGACCAGGCUUUCUCCUCAUCCACUGUCAAGACUGGUGAAGCCUUCAUGGUUGUCACUGCCACUGGCGAUAAUACUUUUGUCGGCAGAGCUGCCGCAUUAGUAAGUCAAGCUACUGUUGGUCAAGGUCACUUCACUGAAGUCUUAAAUGGUAUCGGUGUUAUUCUUUUGGUCCUUGUCAUACUGACAUUAUUACUAGUGUGGUCCGCAAGUUUCUACAGAACGGAUGGAAUUGUCAUGAUUUUGAGAUUUACUCUAGGUAUUACAAUCAUUGGUGUCCCUGUUGGGUUGCCCGUAGUUGUUACGACUACUAUGGCGGUUGGUGCAGCGUAUUUGGCUAAAAAAAAGGCUAUUGUUCAAAAACUGUCUGCCAUUGAGUCAUUGGCAGGAGUUGAAAUUUUAUGUUCUGACAAGACAGGCACUUUAACGAAGAACAAGCUCUCAUUGCACGAACCAUACACAGUAGAAGGUGUAAGUCCAGAUGAUUUGAUGUUAACCGCCUGUUUGGCUUCAUCCAGGAAAAGAAAGGGCCUGGAUGCAAUUGACAAAGCCUUUUUAAAGGCUUUAACUCAAUAUCCUAAGGCAAAGAACUUGUUAUCCAAAUAUAAAGUUUUAGAAUUUCAACCAUUCGAUCCUGUAUCCAAGAAGAUUACAGCAGUUGUCGAAUCUCCAGAAGGUGAAAAAAUUGUCUGUGUCAAAGGUGCACCUUUAUUUGUCUUAAAGACUGUUGAAGAAGAUCAUCCAGUACCUGAAGAAAUACAUGAAGAUUAUGAGAAUAAAGUUGCCGAAUUAGCCUCAAGAGGUUUCAGAGCUUUAGGUGUUGCCAGGAAAAGAGGUGAGGGCAGAUGGGAAAUCCUAGGUGUAAUGCCAUGUAUGGAUCCACCAAGAGAUGACACCUCAGCCACAAUUGCUGAAGCUAGAAGGUUAGGCUUAAGAGUCAAGAUGUUAACCGGUGAUGCUAUCGGUAUCGCCAAGGAAACAUCAAGACAGCUUGGAUUGGGUGUGAAUAUCUAUAAUGCGGAAAAAUUAGGUCUAGGUGGCGGCGGCGACAUGCCAGGCUCUGAAUUAGCCGACUUUGUAGAGAAUGCAGACGGUUUUGCUGAAGUCUUUCCUCAGCACAAAUACAAGGUCGUUGAAAUCUUACAAAACAGAGGUUACUUAGUUGCUAUGACUGGUGAUGGUGUUAACGAUGCCCCAUCUUUAAAGAAGGCUGAUACUGGUAUUGCCGUCGAAGGCGCUACUGAUGCUGCUAGAUCUGCCGCUGAUAUUGUUUUCUUAGCCCCAGGUUUAUCUGCUAUUAUUGACGCUUUAAAGACUUCCAGACAAAUUUUCCACAGAAUGUACGCUUACGUUGUUUACCGUAUCGCUUUAUCCUUACAUUUGGAAAUAUUUUUUGGAUUUUGGAUUGCUAUAUUGAAUCAUUCACUGGAUAUCAAUUUGAUCGUUUUCAUUGCUAUUUUUGCUGAUGUUGCCACUUUAGCCAUUGCUUACGAUAAUGCUCCAUACUCUCAAAAACCUGUCAAGUGGAAUUUACCAAGACUAUGGGGUAUAUCUAUCAUCUUGGGUUUCUUAUUAGCGGUAGGUUCCUGGAUUACUUUAACCACAAUGUUUCUACCUAAAGGUGGUAUAAUCCAAAAUUUUGGUUCAAUCGAUGGUGUUAUGUUUUUGCAGAUUUCUCUUACCGAAAAUUGGCUGAUUUUCGUAACUAGGGCUGCUGGGCCAUUUUGGUCUUCUAUGCCAUCAUGGCAGUUAACUGGUGCAGUUCUUGUUGUUGAUAUUAUUGCUACAAUGUUUUGUCUCUUCGGUUGGUUCUCACAGAAUUGGACUGAUAUUGUAACAGUUGUGCGUAUUUGGAUAUGGUCUAUUGGUGUCUUCUGCGUCUUAGGUGGUGCAUAUUACAUCUUGUCAGAAUCAGUGGCCUUCGAUAGAUUGAUGAACGGUAGACCACUCAGAGAAAAGAAAGAAGUCAGAUCUAUAGAAGAUUUCAUGACCGCAAUGACUCGAGUAUCUACCCAGCAUGAAAAAGAGGCCCAAUGA